UUGAAGAAGAAUGUAUAAAGUAAACAAACACGGUUUUGACUAGACGGAGUACAGUUUAUGUCACAAUUUACUAUAAUUUACUUUUUCGCAGCAGGCUAUGAUAAUUAACGUAGCAGGUUAUGAUAAUUAGGUUAAGGUUAGGAAAAGGAUUAGGAUUAGCUAGUAAAACUAAUUUAGAAAGUAAAACUACUUUAUUAAACGUAAUUGAACACAAUGUAUCCCAUCUACCAAUGACCCAGAAGCACUGCGCGCUAGACUGCAGCUAAUUAUAUUCGCGUUAACUAAAGCGGCUCCAAAUUAGUGUCUUUAUUGUUAGUUUACAUGUAUCCUUGAAAUACACAACGAAAGAACAAAGUUGUUGACUUUUGCACGGACGAACAUCUAGCUGGUGGUCAAAGGUAACGUGCACAUAAUUAACAAUGACAUGGCAAGUUCUAGGAAAGUGAUUGAACUGUUUUAUGACGUGGUCUCUCCCUACUCAUGGCUUGGCUUUGAGGUCAUGUGCCGUUACAGAAAUGUUUGGAACAUUGACCUUAAACUACGUCCUGCGUUCUUGGGUGGCAUCAUGCAAGGAUCAGGUAAUAAGCCCCCAGGUCUGGUCCCAAACAAGUUCCUGUAUAUGACCACAGACCUGCACCGUCUAGCCCAGUACUUCCAGGUCCCCAUCAGUCCCCCUGCUGACCCCUUUGAGGCCAUGUUUGAAAAAGGCUCGCUGUCUGCCAUGCGCUUUGUGGCGGCGGUACAGGAGAGGAAGGUGGGAGGAGAUAAGCAGGUAGAGCAGGUGUCACGGGAGCUGUGGAUGAGGAUCUGGAGCCAAGACAAAGACAUUACCCAGCCUGCAUCACUCUCUGAGGCAGCCAUGAAGGCGGGGCUCUCAGCCUGUGAGGUGGAAGAGCUGCUGAAACUGUCCACCUCUAAGGAAAUCAAAGACAAGCUGAAGAGAUCCACCCAGGAAGCACUGGACCAUAGGGCCUUUGGUUUUCCUCUGGCUGUGUGUCAUGUGAAUGGAAAGGCGGAGGUGUUCUUUGGCUCUGACCGGUUUGAGCUCAUUGCCCACUGCAUAGGAGAGAAGUGGAUGGGACCCCAGCCUGCUGCUGCCAAACUGUGACCUGAAACAUGAAACUGGGAAUUCAUUAAGAUUAAUAAAUACUAUAGAUAUGA